UUUUGACAGCUGCUACGCAAAAAGAAAACAAAACGUUCCCCAAAGUUUUGCAAAACGGGGCCACACAGUUUUCGAGCUAAAUAAGCUUAAAAAGUGCGAAAAACAUACUUUACAACAGAUGGUUACCUGUUACAGAUAAUGUACGUGCCAGAGUACACGCUCGCAAACGUUCAGCUACAGCCCGAGAGGCGUGUUUAGGGCAGUUUCGCCGUAAGAAUUCCUUCUGCAAGAAGAGGAAGAAACAACAAACCUAAACAGUAGGUUGUGUGGUAAAAACAAUAUUCCUCCCGGAGAUGCAGUAAGGAACGAAGGUUUGCAAACAUGAGCAUACCGAGAAUAAUGGUCUUCCGGCCAACCUGGGACGAGUUCCAGGACUUUCCGGCCUACAUUGAUUACAUGGAAUCGAAGGGCGCUCACAAGGCUGGUCUGGUGAAGGUUGUGCCGCCACCGGAAUGGAUUCCACGCAAGCAGGGAUACGACAUAAAGGAUAUCAACGUGAACAUCCGCACACCCAUCUCGCAGGUUGUGUCGGGUAGGCAGGGCCUCUACCAGCAGCUAAACAUCCAGAAGCGAGCGAUGUCGGUGCAGGAGUUUUACGAGAAAACGCAGGAAGAGCGUCACGCCACACCGAAACACUUUGACUAUGCGGAUAUAGAGAAGAAAUUUUGGAAAAACAUAACGUACGUUGCGCCCAUCUACGGUGCAGACGUACCGGGCAGCUUGACCGAUCCGGACGUGAAGGUGUGGAACAUUAACUGCCUCGGGACCAUACUGGACUACGUCAAUGCGGAUUACAAUAUUUCGAUUGCGGGUGUCAACACGGCCUAUCUGUACUUUGGCAUGUGGAAAACAACAUUCGCCUGGCACACGGAGGAUAUGGAUUUAUACUCGAUAAAUUAUCUACACUUUGGCGCCCCAAAGACGUGGUACGCCAUUCCGCCCGAACAUGGCCGGAAGUUGGAGAAGCUGGCGGAGCGCAUGUUUCCGGCCAACUAUCAGGAGUGUAAAGCGUUCCUGCGCCACAAGAUGACGCUCAUUAGUACGCAGGUGUUGAAAGCGUACGGCAUACCGUUUAACAAGAUUACCCAGGAGCCGGGCGAAAUCAUGAUUACCUUCCCGUACGGGUAUCAUGCCGGAUUCAACCAUGGAUUCAACUGUGCGGAAUCGACCAACUUUGCCACCGAACGAUGGAUUGAGUACGGGAAGCGGGCAUCGGUGUGUAACUGUCGGCCCGAUAUGGUGAAAAUUUCGAUGGAAACGUUCGUCCGUCGGUUCCAGCCGGAAGUUUACGAGCAAUGGUUGCGCGGCGAGGAGUAUGGGUAUCAUCCGGAGGAUCCGAACACACUGUGCCUGGCACCGAAACCGAUGUUGCCCAAGAACUUUAAAAGCAGAUGCACCGAUGUGACCGUACCACAGAAGCGAGGAUGUGCGCCGCUGAAAAUGGACAAGAAAAAGAUAGCGAAAAAGACGAGCGAAAAGGCGAAAGAUAGACUGAAAUCCGUCUGGAGCAAGCUGGAGGGCAGAGAGUGCGGUGUCGCAACCGAUCUGCUCAUCGAUGGACCAGUGAAAAGUAGCGCCAAACUGACUGAUCGCUUCCACACACGCACGAUCGAUCUGAUCAGCGAUAAUGCCGUCUAGUGAGCGAACGGGUAGAUGGCCCAACGGUCGGCACUACUUCUUCUACCUGGGAGUGCAAUGAAGGUUGAUUCGGAAGCAAAUACUGCGCAUGCCGUUGCCGUGCUGUGCAAUUAAUCGAUAGUUAGGUCAAUUUUGCGUUACUAGUAUUUGUAUUUUAUAUGGUCCCGGUCAGCACAGUACAGUGGCCGAUAUAAUAGUUGCACGACUUAUUCACAACUCACAACUGGUCGUGUAUGCGCAGGACUGACUAUUCAGCUAGCUGGGUAAAUCAACUCACAGUCAGUAAGUAGGCCAUGCGUACCGGGCACGGCAUACUUAGAUCAGCAACGGUUGUAAGAGUUCUACAGACACAGGUAAAAGGUAUUUGUAGUCGUUUUUCUGUUGUUGGCAUUGUUCGGUCCCUCUAGUGGCAAAGCAGAUCUCACAACGGAUCAUCCGACCCGACCACCAGUCGGAUCGUGUUGAACGAAAGCUAUCGGAGUGUUGGUGUUGUGCUGGGUUUGCGUGUGUGUGUGUGCGUGUGUGUAUUUGGCCCGAUUUUGUUGAACUACACCCAAACCUCUUCACCGCCGAAUUAAGCAAAUCGAAAUCGUGACCAAUGGCCGCCAGGCAAACUAUUUGCAAUAACUUAAGCUGCGGCAAAGCAAUCCAUCAAAGGGUGUAGCUGCUGUCCCAAUAGAGCAGAAUAAACAUACGUUUGCAAUAGAUAAAACAAAACAUAUUGAGCUACCAAAGUGCGGACGCGGUACCGUUGAUGGCAAGGUAACAUAUUUAAUGAGUAUUUAAGGACGAUUUGUUUGAGCUUAAUAGUAGCAUAUACUCAACGGCGCACUGUUUUCAAGGUUCUUGCGCUAAGCGAUGGGUGGCGGAGGAAGGGAGUAAAGCCUCGAACGGGACACGAAAAGCGUCUAGCAAUAAAUCAUAAUCUUUUAUGUUCUACCAAA